AUGGGUCGCUCUUCGACAAGCAGUAGCAGCGGCGAAUUUGACAUUGCGUUUGUCAAUGGACCCAUUAAAUUUCGAAGUGAAGAAGGCGUUCUUUAUUCCAGACUUUUUCAUAUUGUGGACACGAAUGCAGAUGGUUAUAUUGGAGGCGCGGAAGGUGCUGCAUUCAUUCGACGUGCGAAAUUGAUGAAUGAUGCCAACCGAGAGAUUUGGCGACUGUCGAGUGGAGGAAAGUCGCAAGAAAAGUUAAAUAAGGAUUGCUGGUUUGUGGCAAUGAAACUCGUGGCGCUGGUUCAAAGUACCGGCAAGUGCCAGAUGCAAAGUCUCUACUCGGGAGAUGCUCUGCCGCUGGCCGACUUUCAACUUGAGCAACCGGUUGACAAUGUGCUGCCGGAAGAGACAGCACUUAACAUUAAGCGAUGUUUUGAGGUGACUGUGAGCACGCCAGUCAUUGUUGGAUCAGGGUAUUCUCGUUAUACGCAGUAUGUAAUAUCGACAAAGACUAACUGCUUAAACUUUCCGUGCUCUUCUGCGCAAGUCAAGCGAAGGUUUAGUGACUUUGAAUGGCUCCAGCAGCGAUUGCAAAUGCACUUUCGAGGUACUAUCAUACCUCCCCUCCCAGAAAAACGAUGGACUGGGAACAUGGACGCAACAUUUGUCGAAGAACGUCGGCAAGCCUUAGAGCACUUUAUCAAUGAAGUUUGCAGCCAUGAAAAGCUGUCUCAGACUCUGGAGUUGCAAAUUAUGCUUACUGCUAGUACAGAGGGUCUUAUCGCGGGGAAGGACCUUUUAAAAGUGGCAUCAAUUGCUGCCGCGUAUGUACCAACGCCUGAUUCGGUGAGCUCGCUAUGGAGCUCUUUAAAGGACGGCGCUUUCUUGUCGUCGAGGGUUCAGCAAGUCGAAAUUAAAACUGACGAUGACUAUGCAAGAAUUGGCUUGCACAUAGACGAAUACGAGAAACGAAUACGAGAAGUGACGCGCUGCUCAGACGUUGUUUAUGCUGCACAGCGCAGUGAAGGAUACGAAAUGUCACGCUUUGGCAGUUAUUUGUCGGCCUUGUCGGAGCACGAGAAAAGAGAUCAUGACAUGAAGCAACUUGCUGAGGUCGCUGGCGACCACUUUGAGACAGUUUCUAACAUAUAUCAGGACCAGCUGGACAAGCUGUUGUCCAUGUACGUAUCAGUCAUCAGGUAUCAGGCAGGCAAAGUUGAUGCUGUUAAGACUGUUAUGCACAAUCGGGAGUCCGCAAUAUGUGAAGUCCAGCAAGCAAAUGCUAGUAUGCAGCGCAAUAAAGAACGAUUUGCGGCCGCACGGGCAAGUAGCGGAGCAGCGGCAUCCGCUAUGCGAGCAGAGCAAAAAAUGGCUUCGGCGGAAGAUCGCAUGAAUGUAGCAAAGGAACAAGUCCAGUUCAUCGCUACUAGUUUGAAGGUAGAAACCAAGAGAAUGGACACAGGAAAGACUGCGAAGCUUAAAACGGCUUUACUCUCGAUGGCGAAUCUGGAGCUAGAUUAUCACGUUCAGUCUCGAGCAGCGUGGGAAGGAUUGCAGUCAUAUCUGGAGCUGAGUGAUGAAGAGUUGGCUGAAAGCCGACGCAGAGCCCAAUCCCCGAUUACUUGUAGAAAACCGGGUGUUAACGCUUUAGAUCAAAUGAUUGGCUUGCUGUGA